AUAAAGCAAACCUUUCACUAUGGCACUUCCUUAUACAACACAUCGCAAUGAGAAUCAGCUGUUUAAUGUAAACAAAAAGAGAACCAUUUUUGUUUACGCUCGUUUAAACGUACAGUGGGAAAGGAAGAAGAAAAGUAUUGCAACGACAAUUUUUUUUACGAAGUAAAUCUAUCCAAAAAUUAGAAAAAAAUAGUUUCUACUUAAAAAAUUACAAUAAAUUAAAAUAGUUAUGUAUAUUUAAAUAUGUACUACUCUUAUCGUGAUAAAAAAAUGUUUAUUAUGUUUAUAAUAUGUUUUAUAAUAUUUGAACAUUCUAUAAUUUUAACGCCGCUAAUUGAAAACAACCCUGCCGCAAUACUCUGUGAACAUAUCAGCUUGCUUUUGGGAAUCCCAAGUUAAUUGUACACAUUUUGUUUUUUUGAUAGCUUGUAUAUACACAUAUAUACUCGUAUUUGCAAAACAACUUACAAAACAUAUCCGCGCAUAUCUAGUCAAUAAAAAUUUAAAACAUUUACGACAAUCGGCAAGAGCAUUAAAAACUAGCAAAAUCUUCUUCAAAUUGUUUUAUGGAUUUAGUAGGCAUAACAAAAGCAAAUCAAUGUGGCCAAGAGCAGCAAACAAAUAGCACAGCCGAAUAUUACAAUGAUAAUUCUUCCGAAUUGUAUUACUCUGAAGAAUCAGAAGAUGAUGAUCCAACAGGAUUCGGGCUGUAUGGUAAAAUAACAACGACACAACUCAAAGAAGCAUUAGAGGAAUCAACAGCUAUUGCUAAAGAUCCUGCUAAAUCAACAAAUCUCGAUAUUAUUUUGCAUCAAAACUACGGAGACCGUAUAGUCUAUCUCGAGUCCACGGAAACAAUUGAAACAUCCGGCUUUCCAUAUAUUAUAAUGUUUCACAGUUUUAUUGAACACGCCUCCAAAUUGCGUUGCUACACUGAUAUGCUUUAUGAAUCUGCACUGCAAUACGGAGAUGACAUAUGCUUUGCCAUAACAGAUUUUGAAAACUAUGAAGCCGUGCUGAAUUAUCGUCCUGGCACUGAAGCCUACUGGAAGCGUUAUAAAAAACUUGGCUUUAGCAAGUAUCGAAGGCCGGAUAUUUUCGCAGUUGAUACUGAUAAUCGUAUUUAUCAAUUCGUUGGACAUCUUAAUGCAGAUAAUAUAAAGCAAUUUAGUCAUCAUUUAUUGAAUGAUGAAUUAUACAAAACUGAGCCAAUACCAAAGGACGACGAAGAGGGAUUUGUUCGCAUUGGUGUAGCGAGUAAUUUUGAGCAGUUGGUGCUUAAAAGCGAUAUUGACAUUUUUCUAGUGUUAUACAGUAAUAAAUGUCCGUGCUCGCGAGAAUUAAUGCCUAUAUUGGAGGAAGUCGGGAAGCGUUUGCAGGAUGAAGAUAUAAUAGUAAUGAAAAUUAAUGCAGAACAAAAUUAUUUACCAUUAAAAUAUUAUGCUUGGUAUUAUCCUACAAUAUUCUUUAUAAGACGAGACGAUAAAAAUAAUUUAAUAGAAUAUGGUGCAGCCACGCGUACGGUCCAGGACAUUAUCAACUUUAUAGCCAGACAUGCUACAGAUGAUUUACUGGAAUACAACAGAAAUGGUAGACCAAGAUUCGAUUAAUAUAUUAUUAUUUUCAAUUUUUAUAAGUUAGUA